AUGGCCGAGAUGCCGACGUCCUCAGAGGACUUCGCGACCCUCCCAGUAUCGAUACCUCCUCUACCAUCGUAUCCUGUACAAGCAACGCACUACUUGUAUCUUCGUCGUAACGCCCCCAGGAUAGCCACGGCCAACGAUUCUCGAUGUCUCUUCCUAGCGAACGUUCCUGUCGACAGUACUGAACCCCAUUUCCGAGCUUUAUUCGCAAACCUGGUCGGCGCCGGUCGAUUCGAGAGCAUCACGUUCGAGCAGGACAGGAAGGUUGCGAAAACUUCUCACGAGCCGGCACAAGCUGAGCGGCUAGCAAAAAUGCACAAGAAGAGAAAGAGAGAAGACGAAGAACUGCAGCAUAAGAGGGAAGAAGCUGCCGCCGAACUGCCCGAUACAUGGACACGACAGCUGCAUCGGAGUGGUAGCUCCGCUGUGGCCCUACUCGCUGACGAGAAGAGCGUCGAGGCUGUCCUGAAAGCCGUGCGGAAGCUCAAGAAGUCUAAGAAAUAUCCUGUAUGGGGAGAGGGUGUCAAGGACAAGGCCCCGCCUCUCGGCUCACUGUGGUUGAAGGCGCACAACAAGAUGUCGUACCCAGGCAACGACGUAGUCCAAGAUGUGAUGGACGCAUACUUCACCGUCUUCAACAGGAAAGAGGAGGAGGCCAACCAGUUGGCCAAGAGGCUGCGAAACGAGCCAGACGAGGACGGCUUCGUCACUGUUACGCGCGGCGGCCGAAGCGCUCCUGCCAACCGAGACGAAGCGGAAGAGGCGAAACAGAGGAUGCUGGACAAGCAGAAGAAGAAACAGGAUGACAUGCAAGACUUCUACCGGUUCCAGCUGCGCGAGCGAAGAAAGGCUGAGCAGGCUGAUAUGCUGAGGAGGUUCGACGAGGACAGGAAGAAGGUUCAGGCCAUGAAGGAGAAGCGAGGAAAGUUCCGGCCUGAGACCUGA